CAAUACCCGAGGGUCAAAAACAAGAUAUAGGUGAAGAUGGUUAAGCAAACUGCCAAUGACAGCAUCCAUCACUUCAGUGGUGAUAAGGCUGAUUAUUCUGUGUUCAACAAAGCAUGGAAGAAAAUAACAGGCCCUGCAGCUGAAAACCUCGGAAGUGUUUUCUUUGGAUCAAGUGUUGUGAUUCAGUUUGGAACCAUGGGUGAAGGAAGAGGAGAUAAAGAAAACCAAGCUAACAGGGAAGAAGUGGCUGACAGCAGAAAUAUAGUAAAUAAGCACUCUAUAAAUGUAGGUUUUUAUAAUCCAGCACAGUCGUCGCUACAAGGAAAAGGAGAAGAGGGAGUGAAACCUCAGACAGUGACGGCAUCAAAGAUCAUUGUCAAAGGCUCAGAUGGAGAACUGAAGUGCAUCAAAGUUCUGAGAGCUUACAGGAUCAUCCUGCUUGGAGAAACCGGAGCUGGGAAAAGCACCCUUGGAAACUUUCUAUUUGGAGAAGAUGUGUUCAAAUCUGGCAGAACAACUGAAUAUUAUCUUCACUCCAAAUCUGCCCAUGAAAGAAGAAUCACUGUGUUGGACACACCUGGUUUCUCUAAUGGUGACUUGAAGGAUGAUAUAGUUAGGUGUAGCACAGAGUACACUCCUGGGCCUCAUGUUUUCUUGAUUGUUCUGAAAAUGGAGGAAUCCUCUGAGCAAUUGUUGGCUGUCAUUAAGAAAAUCUUCCAGAGUUUCUCAGAGGAAGAAUUCAAAUAUGCAGCAGUUGUUUUUACACAUGUUCAUCAGGGAAUGGAAAUAAAAAAUUAUAUUAACCAGCAAAAAGAUCUUCAAGAUUUAGUUAAGAAGUGCAGUGGCCGAUUCCUUGUUUUUGACCAUAACAAAAGCUCAGAGGAGGACAAAAUUUUUUUUCAGUCAGAGCUAAUAAACAUGAUAGAUAAGUUAGUGAUGGAAAACAAAGGGGGGUGUUACACCCACAAAAUGAUCCAAGCACAUAAGACAGACAACAAAGAAACGGGUAACCCAAAAAACGACAAAGCUGACACUGAUGCCAGUAAGAGUUUGUGGAUAAACCUCUCAGGUCCUGAGGGGAACUUGGUGGCAAAAACUUUCUUUGGAUUAGCUGCUGAACAAGGAUCCCCUAUAACAACAUCGCUAGGAACAGCAACAGGAGCACCAAUAGGGGAUGGAGUAGGAACAGCAUUAACGGAAGGAGUAGGAGCAGGGGUAGGAGCAGCAAAAGGAGCAGAAAUAGCAAAAGGGGUAGAAGCAGCAAAAGGAGCAGAAAUAGCAACAGGAGUAGGAUCAGCAACAGUGGCAGAAAAAGCAACAGAGGUAGGAUCAGCAACAGGGGCAGACAUAGCAACAGGGGUAGGAUCAGAAACAGGGUCAGGGAUAGGAGCAGGAAUAGCAACAGGGGUAGGACCAGAAACAAGGGCAGAAAUAGCAACAGGGGUAGGAUCAGCAACAGGGGCAGAAAUAGCAACAGGGGUAGGAUCAGAAACAGGGUCAGGGAUAGGAGCAGCAACAGGAGCAGGAAUAGGGGCAGGAAUAGCAACAGGGGCAGGAUCAGCAACAGGGGCAGGAGUAGGAGCAGGGGUAGGCACAGUAAUAGGAUCCGCAAUAGGAGCAGGAGUAGGAGCAGGGGUAGGCACAGCAAUAGGAUCAGCAAUAGGGGCAGGAGUAGGAUCAGGGGUAGGAACAGCAACAGGAUCAGCAAUAGGGGCAGGGGUAGGAUCAGCGGUAGGAACAGCAACGGGAUCAACAAUAGGAUCAGGGGUAGGAACAGCAACGGGAUCAGCAAUAGGAUCAGGGGUGUGCCAAGCUGAGAUGGAGAGCAGCAGAGAAGGCGUCCUCAGUGGAGUGGUUAUGUCGGUAGGCAAACUGGAAGACGUUGAAUGUCCGUGGAAGACUGUGGUUCUGCUGAUGGCACAGUUUAAGUUGGCACGUGCUGUUCUCUAA